ACGGCUGUGUGUGACUCAGUGAGAUUCAGCGCCGAUUAGGCGGACACACACACACACACAUACACACAGAGUCAGCCAGCUGCUACAUCAACGCCGGCGUUUGGCACGGGAACCCUCACUGCUUAACCAACAGCAGGCAGAUAUGUCCAAACUGGAGCAAGUGCUGAUUCUCGACCCGCCGUCUGACCUGAAGUUUAAAGGCCCCUUUACAGAUGUGGUGACUACCAAUCUAAAGCUCCGGAACCCGUCCGACAGAAAAGUAUGCUUCAAAGUGAAGACGACAGCCCCACGUCGCUACUGCGUGCGACCCAACAGUGGGAUCAUUGAACCUGGUGCUUCAGUCAUUAUCUCUGUAAUGCUGCAACCUUUUGACUACGACCCAAAUGAGAAAAGCAAGCAUAAAUUCAUGGUGCAGACCAUUUUUGCACCAAACAACAUAACCGACUUGGAAGCAAUGUGGAAAGAUGCAAAACCAGAAGACCUAAUGGACUCCAAGCUUAGAUGUGUUUUUGAACUGCCUUCAGAAAAUGAUAAAAUGAAUGACGUAGACCCGACCAAAGCCGCACCGGUCCUUAACACCUCCAAGGCAGACAGCACAUCAGGGGCCAAGUCCAGCAGCCUGUCCCUGGAUGACACAGAGAUGAGGAAGCUGAUGGAGGAGUGCAAGAGGCUGCAGUCAGAAAUGAGCAAACUGGCAGAUGAGAACCGGCAACUUAAGGACGAGGGUCUGCGGAUGAGGAAAGCCCAGCGGUCGGACAACAUGGUUUCGAACACAGCAGCCAUGAUGAGGAAGGAAACCAGUUCCAAAUCGCUCCCCUCGCUGCUCGUGGUCAUUGCGGCCAUCUUCAUUGGAUUCUUCCUUGGGAAGUUUGUGUUAUAGGAUAAAGGCAUCUGUUUUGCCCAGCUCCUUCCAGUCUCUUCUGGGUCUGAGGGGCAAAGCGUGUGUUCUUAUCGUUCAGCGUCGCAUCAGUGCUAGUGUGGCCUAAGGCGGCGGAAAAAAUGCGUCUGUGUACAGAAUCAUUCAAACAGGCCUUGCCUUUUUGCAAUCUCACACGGUUAGUACACAUACACACUCAAACGAGAAGAACAAAGUCUCCCUCUUUUUUUGUUUUCUGUUAUUUUUUUGUGGUGCUGGGUGUGGUUUAUUUGUUUGUUUUGUUUUCCUUCCAAGGGUGGUAUGGGGCAGCAACUGUACAUUUAUCUAAACAUCAAUUACAGUCAGAUCGAGGCAAUGUGUAGAGACCUUGAUGGUAAUUUGAAAAAAGAAAUCUAUGAUGAAUAAAUAAAAUAAAUUGUUCUCUCUUUCUCUCUGUGGUUUUAAUAAGAGUUGAAUGAAAUGUUUUAAGUGUACUGUAUGUUAUUUUAAUCCUUUUAAGAAAAUGGAAACCUCAAAAAAGGAAAAAAAGACAUUGCUACGUAUUGCUCAAUGGUCUCUUGACAGUCAAAUUGAUCUUAAAAUUAAAAAUAAUUUUAUUUCUUUGAAUGUUGAUAACUCAGCUGGGAAAUAUGUGCCUCCUUCCAUGUACAUUAUUUUCUCCCACAGUCACCUGACACAAACACACACGUCUUACAGUUAUGUCAAGUCUUACUAGAUUUUUCUUUAUGCAAAUUAUAUACUCAUUUGUGAGGCAACUGUUGACUGAAUAAAGAUCACCACUCUUACAGUCCUGUCCUAUGGUAUUUAACAUUUGAGGAAACAAGAAAAAUGAAAAUUAAAUAAAAUCUUUAACAUUCUCA